AUGAUCUCCGGAUGUCGCUCGUCUCUCCACUGCGUCGACGAGCAGGAGCCCUUGAAGUCCAUCCAUAGCGUGCCAUACAAGUGGCCGGACUCCGACAUCGCCUUCGCCAAGUCGGUAGCGGCGGCGCAGAGCAGAGGAGCUCGGUCGCCCGACAUCGUCGACAGCUACUCGUGCCGGCAGCUCUACCUGCGGAGCUACACCUUCACGAAGAAGGAGACAGUGGCGCAGAAGACGCGACGGUGCGUCCGGAAGCUCCAGGACAGCGCCGCCUCCUCGCCGAUCUUCUCCACCGCCCGGAGCGCCGACGGCCGUCAUGCGGAGAUGGAGAGGAGCAAUAAGGGGCGCAAGAAGCUCAGCAUGGCGGUUCGCUCCCUCCUCUUCUGCGGCACGAAGGUCGAAGUGGCGGAUUGAGGUUGACGAUGGCGAUCGAAAGUCGAUCGCGGGAUUAAGUUGGAAUUAAAUUGUCUUAGUUUUCUUGGAAUUUGAAGAGAAUAUUACAUAUACA